AUGUUCGCUGCAAGGACAAUCCUGCUGCUCAUCCUGCUCCUCACAUUCUCCCUGCACCACAUCGCAGCCCACAUCAUGCCCACUGAAUGCUGUGACAUGUAUGCGCAGAAGUAUGUCCGACGCAUGAAGAGCUUCUACAAGACGCCCCAAGACUGCUCCCUGCCUGCAGUUGUGAUUGUGGCAGCCACUGGUGAUGUGGUCUGCGCUGACCCAAAGAAGCUCUGGGUGAAGAGAGCCAUACAAAACCUUCAAAGGAAAAAUCCUCCUUCUGCUGUCCACCAUCUGACUCACACAUCCAGUCCUCCUGUCUCUGGAGGGAGCUGA